AUGGGCAAUGUGGUUAUCAAAUUCAAGGCGAAGACCCUAACCAUGGUAGCAAGCAAGGACUUGCUCUUAGAAGCUAAACAAAUCCCAGGUUGUAAGCAUGGAAGUCCGAGGAACACCAGCGGAGGGUUUCUGAGCUUGGAUCCAACCACCGCAGCCUGGGAGACAGCAUUCACAUCCAUGAAUCACACUGGCCAGGCCCAUCCUCAAACUUUCAACGCGGUGACCGUGACCCUGUACCUGCUGACGGCCGUCAUCGCCCUGGGGGGACUGGCGGGGAACGCGGUGGUGCUCUGGCUCCUGGGCUUCCACGCGCGCAGGAACGCCUUCACCGUCUACAUUCUCAACCUGGCGGCAGCCGACUUCCUGUGCCUUUGCUGCCAAGUUAUCGAUUCCGUGGAGGCCCUCAUCACCUGCUGCAGCCACAGUUCCAGCCCCGCCUUCCUCGCCACGGUGAUGACCUUCGCCUACCUGGCGGGCCUGAGCUUGCUCAGCGCCAUUAGCACCGAGCGCUGCGUGUCCGUCCGGUGCCCCGUCUGGUACCGCUGCCACCGGCCCACGCACUUAUCAGCCAUCGUGUGCGCCGUGCUCUGGGCCCUGGCCCUGCUGCUGAGCACCCUGGAAGGGAAGUACUGUGGCUUACUCUUAACGAGUUUCAGCCGUCUUUGGUGUCGGGUGUUCGAUUUCCUCGCUGCCGGGUGGCUGAUGUUCUUAUUUGGGCUCCUGGCGGGGUCCAGCCUGGCCCUGCUGCUCAGGAUCCUCCGAAAGUCCCAGCGCACGCAGCUGACCAGGCUCUAUGUGACCGUGGUGCUCACAGUGCUGGCCUUCCUGCUCUGCGGCCUGCCCUACGGCAUCCUCUGGUUCCUCUUAAUCUGGAUUCAGGAUGACCUGUUUGCCAUCCCCUGUCACCACUGCCUGGUCGUCUUUGGUUUGUCCUGCGUCAACAGCUCCGUCAACCCCAUCAUUUACUUCUUCGUGGGCUCCUUCAGGCAAAGGCAGGCAAAGAAGCGGGGGCGGCGGACCCUCAAGGCAAUGCUCCAGCAGGCCUUGGAGGACAUAUCAGAAGUGGGUGAGAGCGAAAGCUCGCUUCCUCGGGCAACCCUGGGGUCGGGAAACAGUCUGGUGUCGGGAAGCGGCCUGGUGUCCUGA